CUUAGCAACCUAAAUAAGAGACUUUUUUUCCUGCUUCUCUCUAUCUCAAUUUUCUUGUAACUUUCAUGUCUUCAACUCAAAGAUAACUCAAUACAUAUAUCCCAUCAGGAAGAGGGAGGUAGCAGCAUCAAUGGAGCAAGCGCGAUACUGGAUGUGGGCAAAGAGGAAACAGUGUCUGACCUCUUCUGGUGAUUCCUGGGAAGAACAAGCCUUUGCAGAAGACUCAUCUGGGCCUCUUGGAGGAUGUAUAUGGCCUCCAAGAUCUUAUUCCUGCAGUUUCUGUAGGAGAGAAUUUAGGUCCGCUCAAGCCCUAGGUGGUCACAUGAACGUCCACAGAAGGGAUAGGGCAAGACUUAAGCAAUCUCCCACAACUCCUCCCCACACUGAAAUUCUUCAUCAUCAUCAUCAUAAUCAGAUUAGUAUUCCUUCUUGUACAUCUCUCGGUUCCGCUGCCAGUGGUGCACAAUACCCACCAAGUCCUCAGGUUUGCAACUCUCUCUACAAUAUUCCCAACUCUAACACUAACACAGCUAUUGUUGUUGCUUCAUCAUCUCCAUCAUCACCUUCUAGGGUUUCAGCACCAUCCAGUACUCAUCAUCAAGGGAAUUAUAGUGAACAGACUUUGAUCUCUCCUUCCUAUUCUUCCUCUUCUUCCAUUAUUCUUCAACAACAUCAACAACAAACAAAAGGAUCCCCUUUCUCUCCACCUCCAUCUUGGUCGGAUUCUGUUGCUGUUAGGGUUCUCUCGGAGGAGAUUGAAGAAGUGAAGAAGUUUAAUAUAUCAGACAAGCUCAAAUCAGAACAAAUUGGUACAAUUUUAUGA